GCCAUUCACGUGCUCUAUCUAGCAGAGCAGCCUAGUGUGCAGUAGGGAGUGAGUGUGAGUGAGUGAGUGAGUGAGUGAGCUCGAAAUGGCCUCUGCCCCCGUCCACCACUUGCGCGUGCGCGUCCUACUACUGGUGGCACUGUGCUUCGCCUCGGCGUCGGCGUCGGCGUCGUUUCCGUGGCCGUGGAAGCGGAGCGGGCACGACUACCGCGACGCGCUGGCCAAGUGCAUCCUCUUCUUCGAGGGGCAGCGGUCCGGGCGGCUGCCGGCGGACCAGCGCGCGGCGUGGCGGGGCGACUCCGGCGUGUCGGACGGCAAGGCGGCUGGCCCCGGCGUCGACCUGGAGGGCGGGUACUACGACGCCGGCGACAACGUCAAGUUCGGCUUCCCCAUGGCGUUCACCACCACCAUGCUGUCCUGGAGCGUCCUCGAGUUCGGCGACGACAUGCCGCGCGAGGAGCGCCGCCACGCCGCCGAUGCCGUGCGCUGGGGCACCGACUACCUCCUCAAGACCCUCGCCCACCCCGGCGUCAUCUUCAUGCAGGUGGGGGACCCGUGGAAGGACCACGAGUGCUGGGAGAGGCCCGAGGACAUGGACACGGAGCGCACGGUGUACAACGUCAGCUCGGGACGGCCGGGCUCGGAGGUGGCCGGGGAGACGGCGGCGGCGCUGGCCGCGGCGUCCAUGGUGUUCCGCGACGGCGACCGGGAGUACGCCGAGCUGCUUCUCGACAGCGCCAAGAAGGCGUUCGAGUUCGCCGACUCGCACAGGGGCGCCUACAGCGACGACAUGGAUCUCAGAGCCGGCGGCUGCCCCUUCUACUGCGACUUCAACGGGUACCAGGAUGAGCUGCUGUGGGGCGCGGCCUGGCUACGGAGGGCCUCAGGCGACGACACAUUCCGGGAGUACAUCCAGAACAAUGGCAAGACCCUCGGAGCAGAGGACAGCAUCAACGAGUUUGGUUGGGACAACAAGCACGCCGGCCUCAAUGUCCUCAUUUCAAAGGAGUUCAUAGAAGGCGAGACGCUGUCCAUGCAGUCCUACAAGGAGUCCGCAGACAGCUUCAUCUGCACGCUCAUCCCGGAGUCGUCGUCGCCGCACAUCCAGUACACGCCGGGCGGCAUGAUCUACAAGCCUGGAGGCAGCAACAUGCAGCAUGUCACCUCCAUCUCCUUCCUGCUCCUGACCUACGCCAAGUAUCUCACGAAGUCCUCUCACACUGUCAACUGUGGUGACAUCUCAGUUGGUCCAGACACCCUCCGGCUUCAAGCCAAAAAACAGACAGACUAUCUGUUGGGAGACAACCCGAUGAAAAUGUCGUACAUGGUCGGGUACGGCGACCGAUAUCCUCAGCGGAUCCACCACCGGGGGUCAUCUUUGCCUUCGAUCAAGGACCACCAGGAGCGCAUGGCGUGCAAAGACGGCACGCCUUACUACGACUCGUCUAGCCCGAACCCUAACCCGUUGGUCGGCGCCAUCGUCGGCGGGCCAGGGGAGGAUGAUGCUUAUGGGGACGACCGCGCUGAUUACAGGAAAUCUGAACCCACUACCUACAUCAAUGCUCCCUUGGUAGGGGUUCUUGCCUACUUCGUUGGCAACCCAAACCCAGGCCAUAUCAGACACUGAGCAUAAGCACUUUGCCAUGUAGAUAGAGAAGAGUGACAGAAGCUAUAAAUAGGUACACAGGAAGCAAAUAGGUUUGUGAUUGGAUGGCACUACAUGUUCAUAGGAGUGGAUUGCAGAGCAUGUGUUCUACCAAUAAUGAGAGCUUAUCUUUCAUGAUU